CAGAAUCAAGCAACCUGCAGAAGCCAAGGGAAUGAAGCAAACUACAUCUUGAAAACGAAGAACAAGCAAAAGCUGUCGUUAUAAAUAAUCCCCCUUGAAUUACCUCCAGAACCACCAUUCGAUCGACCCUCCAUGCUCCGGAUCGAGUCGAACAUCUCCGGCUCUGAACAUGACGACUUCCGAGAUACACAGAGAAGCCGACUGCGCUACAACGAAGGAGAUUAGAGAUGCUGCACCCUCGCAUUAUGUGCUCAAGAUUAAGUCCUUCUCUUUGUUCGCGAAGAACAACAUCGACAAGUAUGAAUCGAGCGAGUUCGAAGCAGGAGGCUAUCAAUGGAAACUGAUCCUCUAUCCCAAUGGAGACAAGAGCCGAAACGGAGAAGACCACAUCUCCAUAUAUCUGGUGGCUUCCGGGACGAUUCCUUUCCAACUUGGCGGGGCGAUUCAUGUGGCCGUCAGGUUCUCUUUGUAUGAUCAAAUCUGCGAUAGGUAUUUAACUGAACAAGGGAGAGUCGCGAGAUUGCACGCGUUCAGAGCCGAAUGUGGAGUCCCAAGAUUCAUGACGCUUAAAAAUUUCGCCGACCGGUCGAAUGGGUACCUUGUGGACGACACCUGCUUCUUCGGUGCGGACGUCUUUAUCAUCAAGAGUUCGGGAGUCGGCGAAUGUGUGACGCUCAAGGAGAGCACAUCGUACACUCAUGAAUGGAAGAUAUUGACGCUCCCAAGCUUGGGGGAAGAUUCUCUGUACUCUGAGGCAUUCACUGUUGGAGACCACAAAUGGAAGGUGUUGCUAUACCCGAGGGGUAAUCAGGCCAACAGGGGCCAAAACCUUUCGGUGUUUCUCUUCUUGGUUGAUGCGGAAAAACUGGCUGCCGGUCAGAAAGUGAAUGCGAGAUUCGUCAUCCGGUUGAAAGGCCCAUACAACGUUGUACACCAUCAGCCGGAAGCUUGGACUAUGUGGUUCAGUAGCUCCAUAACGAACUGGGGUUGGCCGGCUUUCAUGCCGCUGAAAACGGUUGGGGAACGCGUGUCCGACGAUUCAUGUGUCAUUGCAGCAGAAGUCACAGUGCUCGGCACAGUUAGCAAAUUGCCAUGACAGCAUUAUAUGUAUCAGAUGUGUUCAUAAACAGAUAAUUACUGACAGUUCUUUCCUCAUGACGAUAAUACAUGGAUUGAAUGGGUUAAUGCAAUAAGUUCUCUGCAAGCAUUUCUGCCUCUGGUCA